AUGAGAGUUCGAACACUUGAGAUUCGGUGGCACAACACAGAUUCGUCACCAUCAGCCCCCAUCUACUCUGCCGACUUUCAACCUCUUCCUCAGCCACAGCUUCGGAAGCUUGUUGCGGCACGGACGCACGCCUCUUCGUCGUCUUCUGCAUCCCAGUCUAAUGUUGUUUCUGCGUUUGAUGUGAAGACGGCUGCUCAAAGCUGCGUGGGUGCACAAUAUAGGCUCGCGACUGGCGGAGGUGACAACAAUGUCCGUGUGUGGCUGGUCUACCCGAACUAUCUCCCGACUGUGCUUGGAGGAGGUACGAGCGGUGCAACUCCCCACCCUCCGAGAGUGGAGUAUCUAGCGACUCUCAGUCGACAUACAGGAGCGGUGAACGUUGUGAGAUUUUCGCCGAAUGGAGAACUCAUCGCUUCGGCUGGUGACGAUGGGUGUAUUCUUAUUUGGGCUCCAACUGAGCGAGCUGUUCCACAAUUUGGAUCUGAUGUGACCCAAGAGCAGCAGUACGAAAAAGAGCACUGGAGAAAUAGCGCGUCCCAACGCGAGAUAUACGAUCUCGUUUGGUCACCGUCCGGCGAAUACAUAUUGGCCGGCUCGACGGACAACGUGGCCCGCAUUUUCAAUGUCUCGUCCGGAUCAUGUAUCAAGGAAUUGGUCGAGCAUUCUCACUAUGUGCAAGGCGUGGCUUGGGACCCCUUAAACGAAUACAUCGCAACACAGAGCAGCGACCGGACUGUUCAUGUGCAUAGCGUUAGCGUGCGGAGAGAGAAUGAUGGGAGGGAGACGAUUGAAACUCAAGCUGUUGGGAGGAACUUCAAGGCACCCGUCAGGCAUCAUCACCGCGCCCUGUCAAGCGCAAGCCAGCGAAGCCAAUCACCACGACCGCCAUUACAUCGCCAAGGGUCCGAGUCUGCUCUUUCUAUCAACAGCGCAGUCGAACCGACUCAGACACCAGCAUCCGUGCCAUCAACACCGUCGCUGAUGUAUCCACCGCUUGACAGACCCUCGUCACGGCGGUCAUCCUUCACAUCGAUGUCCAACGCAUCCCCCCCUCCUUCUUCUGCUCUCCUAUCCCACAACCGUCGCACCUCCGGCACGUCCCGUGCUCGUUCUCCUUCCCCGAUGCCACCCUUGCCGGCAAUCCGUGCUGCACCAUCGCCAGCAUCGUGGACAUCGCUCAAACUGUAUGGCGACGAGCAGUUCACCAACUUUUUCCGACGUCUUACGUUCUCACCGGACGGGGCACUGCUGCUUACUCCAGCGGGACAGUUUGAAGAUCCGACAUUCUCACUAGCUUCCCGGCCACCAUCUUCCGCUUCCUCCGACGGAAGGUCCAGAUCGGAAGAGCGGAAGACAGCCAGCUCGGUGUACAUCUACUCGCGAGCUAACUUUGCACGUCCGCCUGUCGCACACCUGCCUGGGUACAAAACAGCAAGUGUCGUUGUCAAGUUCUCGCCGUUAUUGUACGAGCUGCGUUCCGGUAUCCGGGAGGCAGCCGACACCCCGAUGGUUAUCCUCAAGAAAGGAGAAGAACAAACUUUACCAAUUUCUUUGGGAGCACCGACAAGCGCUGACGAAGACGCGUCGACAAACAUGCCUUCUCCAACUAAGGUAUCUCCCACGACUGGAGAGGAUAGAGCGAGUGUUUGGAAAUUGCCAUAUCGGAUGAUAUUUGCAGUCGCAACUCAGGAUACGGUCGUGCUUUACGAUACACAACAAGCGGGUCCGCUGGCCAUGUUUGCCAAUCUGCAUUACGCUAGCUUUACCGAUAUUGCCUGGGCACCUGACGGGCAAUCACUCAUCAUGUCGUCCUCCGACGGAUACUGUUCCAUUGCUGUAUUCGACGACCCGCUCCCUCUGUAUGAACGACAACAGCAUCAUGUACAGAUGGCGGCCAUUGCUGAGCAUCAUUCAGUCCCUAUGCUCAAUCCAACGCUGGGGACCCACAGCAAGGUCGCUCUUCCGUGGCCCGGCCCGCCGACGGAAAGCAGCUCAUUAGGUAAGAGAGAAUCGUCAAGCAAUGGGGAAGAGCAGCGAGGCCGGGAGAACAGUGGUCCAGUGAAAAAGAAGCGUCGAGUGGAAUUGAAGCACAUCGGGAGUUUAGAUAGCGCCUAA